CACAAUGAGCGAUUUUCCCAAACCCUAUAUGUGUUGUAUUUGCUUUGUUCUCACCAACUCCAAAAUUAUUGUACCAAAAGUUACUGGACGAUCAUGUCCUAAAAGAUGACCGUUGAAUUUAGGGCACAAGAAAGUCGAGCUGCAACUAGACUCGACAAUGGUCGUUCACGUGCUUUUAGAAAAUGUUCCGGUAGAUCAUCAGUAUACUAGUUUUUAUCUUAGCAUUACGUGAGCUUGGGAGAGUUGAGUUGUCAACACAUCCCUCUAUAAUAUAUAGCAGUACUUCAUGAGAAUUUGAGUAUUUCAAAUUCCUUGCAUUUUCCUUAAUUGUAGUUAGGGGUAAAUUUGUAUGUUCAACUUAGAACUUAAAUAUCUUCUUACGAGAGAGAAAAAUGUCAUUACAAAGACUUGAACUCGAGUCCUUUAGAUUAAUAAUCAAUACCCCUAACCAACUGGACUACAACAAUGUUUAUGUAUGUUUUGAAUUAAAGAGAGAAAAUACUAAAAUAUCUCAAAAUCAUAGGACUAUCCACCGCAACAAUCAAUCAUCGAAUUAAUUAAUAACUGUACUUAUUUACAAAGUGAAUCAUCAUGAUAUACCUAGAUUUAUGAAUUAGCUAAGUGAGUUUCUCUAAUCACACAAUUCUUCACCAAGAAUCAAAUAGUAAAUUUUGAGUUUAUGUAUGUCUUACAACUUUUCAUUUAUUAGGUUACAUGACUUUGUAGUUUGUAGGAAUACAAGGAUUGUUUACAAAAGUGCUAUACAAAUUUUUAUUUCAAAACAUAAAAUUUGACAUUUGUGAUCUAUGGUUUUGUAACGAGACAUUUUCAAUGUUAUAAGUGAAUGACAAAAAAUCAUUGGCUAACGAUUUCCCUAAUGGUGGACAAUUAUAAGCAUAGAAUUGAAAGACUAAAUACCAUUGACAAAUGAGCCAAUUAUCAUUGGCUAAAUUUAACAAACAAUGGUAUGUGUAUAUACAUUGGAAAUUCUAUGGUACGCCCGAUGGAUUGAGGGUUAUUGCAUCUCCUUACUUAAAUAACAUUAUCUAGACCAUAGAUUAAUCACGUAACUAAACCUUAUAUCAUAAUUCUCUAAAUCCUAAUAUAGUGCAUAUGGUAUGUUCUAUACAUCUUGGCGAAUCAGAAACAUUGAUUAUGUUCUUAGUAUAUGUGAUAUUAGGGUUUAAGUUCUAUAGAUUCAGGGUAUAUGAUUUAAUUAUUUAAAAUUUGGCUAAAUUGCGAAUUUUGUCACUUGAAUUACUAGUAAAUUUCAUAUUAGCCACUAGAAUUACUUUAUUCCAUCGGUAGUCACUUAAAUUAGGUUAACAGUUCAAGUUUGGUCACUGGCCGUUAGUCUCCGUUAACUUUUGCUGAUGUGGCGGUCAACUCUAAUAGUUGACCGUUAAAUGAGUGACGUGGCAAUUAAAAAAUUAAUAAAAAAUAAAAUUUAAACUUUUCUAAUUUCCAACUCAUUUUUACACCACCCAUUGACAACAAAAAAUCAACUUUUUUUGCCCUUCCUUUCCUCUGCUCAUGGACGAACCCAUCCAUUUUUCCGGCCAGCUCCUUCACCGUCUUCUCGAACUUCCACCGAUCCGGCCACCUGAGUAACGGCACGAAAUCAACCGCGUUGGUGGCCCCACCAAGCUCCACCGCCUCUUUCAUUAUGUUUGUGAAGUACCUCGCCACCUCAACAUCACUGUCAAUAGCGAUGCGGGAAAGUGAUCAAAUUGAAGGGGGGAAAGAUGAAAAGAGAGUGUUCAUCCAAGACCCACCAUGGAUUUCAGCUCUGUUCCUGAAAGGUAUGCAGAAAUUAGCUCAUCGGGAAGUGAGAGUGGCGUUCAAGGAUAUCGAGAAGAGGAAGUAUAAUUUGCUGAGGAGGAGGCAGAUUAAGUAUGAGACGGAGGCUUGGGAAGGAAUGGCGGAGGAAUACAGGGGAAUGGUUAGGGAUAUGUGUGAGAAGAAGCUCGCGCCUAAUUUGCCUUACGUCAAAGAUUUGUUCUUGGGAUGGUUUGAACAGUUGAAGGAAGCUAUUGAGGAGGAGCAGAAGUUGCAGAGGCGGAAGAAACAUAAGACUGCUUUUUUUUUCUCAAUGGGUGGUGUAAAAAUGAGUUGGAAAUUAGAAAAGUUUAAAUUUUAUUUUUAUUAAUUUUUUAAUUGCCACAUCACUCAACGGUCAACUAUUAGAGUUGACCGCCGCAUCAGCAAAAGUUAACGGAGACUAACGGUCAGUGACUAAACUUGAACUGUUAACCUAAUUUAAGUGACUACCGAUGGAAUAAAGUAAUUCUAGUGGCUAAUGUGAAAUUUACUAGUAAUUCAAGUGACCAAAUUCGCAAUUUAGCCUUUCAAAUUUCAUCUCCCUUUUCAAAUUUCCUGCAAUGAGAGGGAAAUUAGGAAGGAUUUUUUGUCUUCACAAUUAUCUGUAUUUUUUAUUUAUUUACAGAAAAAGAUAGACAUAUUGAGAUUUUAACCAUUAUCACUUCAAACAAACUGAAGGUUUAAAAUCAAUCAGACUAUGUUGAUUUGUUGUAUUUUUUAAAUUAAAAAUAUAUAAGAAGCUAAAAUAUGAAAUCACAGAACUUUUCAACAGUUAGCUAGCCCAAUAAAUAUUUCGUAAGUACUUAUUUGGUAUUUUGAUACUUCAAUUUUGAUAUUUUUUAUUUUAAUUAUAGUUUAAUAUUAAUUUAAAAUUUUAUUUAUCUUAUAAAUAGACGAUAACCAUAAAUUGCAACCAAAAUAUUGUUGGUUCGAAUAUUUCAUAUCGAAUUAUAGUAUUGAAUAUGUAGAAGCGAUAUAGAAUUCUUAAAUUACCAUUAAUUUCCAGAACUAUAGUGAAGCAAUCAUAUCUUUGUGCAAACUAUAGGGGACUGGUUCUCUGAACAUUUUUGUCUGGUUAAAUACUAAGUUUUGAAACUCUUCCUAGGGGUGUACGUGGGUCGGUUCGUUUGGGUUUAGAUAUUUUAAUCACCUAACUCAUAUACCACGAUUUUGAAAACACUAAAUACAAACUCACCCAAAUAAUUUAGAAUUUUAACGGUUUGUGUCCUCCAUACCAAAUGAACCAAUUUACAUGUCGCUUAGCUUAGGACGAUCUCAUUGUCCAAUCCUAUCAUUCUAAUGUCAAUCCAUAAAAGUAACUCAUAUUCGCGUUUUAUAACACAUGUUUCACAUUGUCAUUACUGUGACCGGUAACUUCGUUGCAACUAAUUCGAUAUUGCUCUUCAUAUGGCCUCCAAAUUGAUAAACAUAUCGGGCCAACAGUUUUAUGACAAAACGAAAGUAUAAAUAAUAUAUUUACCUUCACAAUUAUUAAACUUAUUUAUUUGUAGAAAAUAAAUAAGUAUUGGAAUUUGAACCAAUGUAUAUUCCAAAAAAGACAAGAAUCAUAAGCCUGAUUGUCAACCCAAGUUUGACAUGGUUGGGCGAAUCAGUUUUUCCCAAACCCGAGUAUUUGUUAGGAUGUUGGAGGCCCAGUUGGUUAUCAACCCAAACUUGGUCAAACUAAGAAAACCAGUUGAAUUAGGAAAUCGAGUUGAUUCAACUAACUCAUCUAAGCACUGAGUCACUUCAAACCGACAUCAUUUUCAACAAAUCUAAUCACUAGCUCUGUUGACAUGUCGUCCUUUUCCUUAUCAAAGACCCAUGCAGUAACAUACAUCAACCACCCAUGUUCAGUUUUCUCAUAAUAUUUUUUUUCCUCCUUUAGUAUCGGUAGGCAACAAUACAAGUCCCAACCAUCUCAAAAACCAACACAGUUCCUCAGUAGUCAAUUUCAUUUUCCUUUCAGCAGCAAGGUCACAUCGCCAAUCAACCACAUCUCAAACAAAGAAUAAGUCACAAGAUUUGAUGAAUAUAUAUUUGGAUUGAGACUUGGUGUAAUUAACAAAGACUAAUGUCCUCAUUUUUUUAUAUACAUGAAAUCGAAUUGGAGAAGAAGAGUAAGAACAUUGAGAAUAGAAUAUGAUCUGCAAUGAAAAAAAAACUAGAAAAUGAAAUGGAAAAAGAUAAAAAAGAAAGAGGGAAGAGGGAAGAGAUUUAGAAUUAAAGCAUCAGUUUCAA